AGAGGCAUUUACAUAAACACGAGACUUUGUGCGGCGUCAUUACUAUUUAGCCAGUCUCGGCGCGAAGAGUGGACGAUAACCCUUUCUGCUCAUUCUGCCAAUAUGAAGGUACUCGGCGCGGCACUUGUGCUCGUCUGCCUGCUAAUAUUUGCCUUCGGAGCGGACGCGAGUCCUGCGGAAAGGCUAAACGUGCCUAAGGUGCGUGAAUUGCCGGCCACUCCGGCCCCCGGAAUAUGCAACUGCAAGUGCAGUCUCAGCCACAAUGACAGGUUCUGCGCCGUCAAUAAGAAAAACGAGAAGCAGACCUUCCAAAACAACUGCCAACUCGAUUGUUACAAUUGCACUCACGAAACUGAUUACACUCGGCGCUACGACGGAGAGUGCAAGAAGAAAUAAAGCUGACCUCAGUAGGGCACAGCAUUUUUAACCCGGGAAUAAUCGCGUAGCAAAGUUCUCGCGUGUUCUAUUACAUUGUGUUUACAGUUAAUAAA